CCUAAAGCCACAGACCUGGCUACCCAUACGCCCGUCACAAUUCUCGCCGCGGCACAAUUCUCUAUCCCGUCGUCGUCCGCACGAAGCCGAAGAGCAAGAAGAACACACCUUAUACAACCCCCGCUUACUUCCCGCAACGGAAUUAGGCCACGAUUCCCCCGGCCAUCCCCAUCUCUCCCGCCCGCGAGAAAUCCAUGUCACGACCGCACAGCAGCAGCAGCUAGGCCUAGUCUCGACCCCGCCAGCCUGCGAGAUGCUGCCGCCGCCGAUGCGCGCCGCGGCGUUGUCGCCGGCGCGGUGGCAGUGCCUCGUCGCGCCGGCCCCGAGCCAACUCCUCCUCCUCCUCGUCUCCUCGGCCCCCGCGUCCGUCGUCCGUAUACGAGCUGGCGCCACCACCUCGCCCUCGCCCUCGCCCGCGCGCAGCUUCACCACCACGGCCCCGCUCGCGCGCCAGAAGCCGUCGUACCUAACCGUACCAGCCGACCAGGUGCCGGACUACCCGUACGGGCGGUCGACCACGUACAAGGUGGGCAACACGGGGCUGUUCGGGGGCUCGAAGGUGCAGUUCGGCAACAUCGUGGCGGAGGCGCACGGGAACCACUCGCGGCGGCGGUGGCACCCGAACCGGCACACGAAGCGGCUCUGGUCGCGGGCGCUGGGCGCCUUCGUGCGCACGCGCCUCACCGCCCGCGUCCUCGCCACCGUCGACCGCCUCGGCGGCAUCGACGAAUACCUCCUCGGCCCCAAGGCCCGCCGCGUCCGCGACCUCGGCCCCGCCGGCUGGGCCCUCCGCUGGAAGGUCAUGCAGUCCCCCGCCGUGCGCGCGCGUUUCGCCCGCGAGCGCGCCGCCCUCGGCCUGCCCCCCCGUGACGGCGACGCUGAGUGGCUCGACAACCCCCCCGCCGACGCCCCCGCCGACGCCUCCGCCGACGCCCUCGGAGACCAGGUCGACGCCAUGCUCCGGCGCGGCGACGAGUUCGUCAUCGGCGACCUCCAGGACGGCGAGGACGUCGUCGUGGCCGCCGCGCCGCCCGCCGCGCCGCCCGCCGCCGAGGAGCCCGACGUCUUCGCCGGUAUUUUCGAGGAGGCUGAGGCUGCCGAGACCGUCGUCGAGGCCAGUAAGGCCUCCGAGGCCGCCUCCGACGGUGCGAAAGAGCCCAUAGCAGAGGGCAAGGAGCCGGCGGCCAAGAAAGACGAUGCUCCCCCGAAGCCUUAAACCAAAAUCCGCUCGCGACAAGCACAUGUGAGUCUUGGCGCCCACAUAAAAGGGGGGAAGAGGCAUAUACCAUCGUGUCUAGACGAAAAAUAGCACACUGAGAUAGGAUGAACGAGAUCCCAAAACGAAAAAGCGAUUCAAAGCCGUGGGCAUUGUACCAUAUAAAUUAUACGGAGCAUCUGAAUCGAGACCUAUGUAUAUCACCUAGGUA